AUGCAUCAGAUGAAUAAGAAAGAUUCCACUUUGCCAUACCUGAACACUAGCAUCUCAUGGGGAGUGGUUCCAACUGAAUCCCCAAGCUUGAAGGUGGAUCCAAGGCCUCAACUUUUACAAACCACAAAGCAAAUCAGUUUUCAUGAGCAGGAUUCAUCUUCAACCCAGUCCACUGGUCAGUCUUAUACUGAAGUUGCAAGUGGUGAAGAUGAUAUUCCUUCCAGACAAAUCUCGUUUUCAGUUAAAUCAGGAUCUGAAGAAACUCAGCGAAAAGGAUUUGCAACUCAACCUAAAUCAGGCUCGAUGGCAGGAUUCCCGAAUAUUCAGUUUUCUCCUGCACAGGUAGCUUUCUCUUUUCACUAUGCUGAUCCACAUUACUCUGGUUUAUUGGCUGCAACUUAUCUACCACAGGCACCGACAUGCAAUUCACAAAUGGUGGGUAUGGACCGUAUGGUUCCUGGUCGAGUUCCGCUACCAGUGGAGCUCACGGAAACUGAGCCAGUCUUUGUCAAUGCGAAGCAAUACCACGCGAUCAUGAGGAGGAGGCAGCAACGUGCCAAGCUCGAGGCUCAAAACAAACUAAUCAAAUCCCGUAAACCGUAUCUUCAUGAAUCUCGACAUGUUCAUGCUCUUAAAAGGCCAAGAGGAUCCGGUGGAAGAUUCCUAAACACCAAAAAACUUCUUCAGGAAUCUGAACAGGCCGCUGCUAGACAACAAGACAACAAAAAGGCAAACAUGUCUAGAUUCGAAGCUCAUAUGCUGCAGAACAACAAAGACCGUGGCACAACCACUUCUGACUCAGACAUCACCUCUGUUUCCGACGGUGCUGAUAUCUUCGGACACACUGAGUUCCAGUUUUCAGGUUUCCCAACUCAGACGAACCGAGCCAUGCUUGUUCAUGGUCAAUCUAAUGACAUGCAUGGAGGUGGGGACUUGCACCAUUUCUCUGUCCAUAUCUGA